AUGGCUUCCGUUUCUAAGAUUAUCUAUUUAAUUUCUAUACUUGUUGCAAUUGCAUGUAUUAUUGUAUCGAUUGCCACUAAUCCAACAUGGAACGAUAAUACAAAUAAUUCCUCGUUGAGAGCAAAUGGAGGACUUAGUAUAGCCGGACUGGUUUUGUUAGUAAUAGCAGCUAUCCUUGCAAUUGUUUUGAUUUGCAGAGAUUAUUCCAGAAGAAUUGUGAUUGCAAUACUUGUUUUACUAAUUUUAGCCUUGAUAUGUUUCAUAAUCGCUUUGGCUAUUUAUGGUCAACAGAUUAAUUGGCAAGCAUGGUUAUUAUCAGCUAUGUGGGUAACGUUUAUUUGUAUUCUUAUCGCAAUAAUAUUCUUAUUGGUUGAUGAUUAUUAG